GUUCCAGUUCUCACGAGCGCGAAGUGCCCAACUCAGACCCAGUCCUAGACCAGAAUAUGGAAGAGCAAGAGCAAGGCCUCACCUGUGAACCCGUAGAACAGACGGGACCGAGCGCAACAGCCGCGCAGGACUUCGAGACGAAGAUGCAGGACCCCGAGAGGCGCAAGAUCACGCAGGAACAAGUUCAGGAGAUUUAUCGCGCUUUGAUCCGCGAGAGCGAUCAGUUAGGAGGACUGCCAGACGCAGUGAGAAAGCUGAAGGAAAAGAAAGAAAAGCGUCUCACAGAUGACGAUAUACUCUUCAUCCAUAUUGAAGAUGAGCACAGGCCGGCGAGUAGUCUAGCCAUUACUCUUCAGAUCGCUGGAUACCAGGUCAAAGAGGAACGAGUGAGAAAGAUCAUCGUAGAACGGUGCAAGUGUAGGGGUGUCGCAUUCAACAGAAUGCAUCCGAAAAAGAAGGAGUCGCUUCGUGUCCCACUUGCCAGCAAUUGGGAGGUAGACAUGUUCUAUCUUCCAUGGGGCAAUGGUGUCUUGAAGCUCGGGUCGCGAAAGCUUCCUGAGCAUGACAGCAGAGAAGCGCAGCUGCGUAACCAAGGCGAGGAUCCUUAUGAGAUGGUUUGUAAUUCUCAUAAUGAUAGUCUAACACUCCCAGCAGGAAAGACAGAGGCUCUUUUGUUUAGGUUUGAGACGCAAGUAAAAGUAAAACCAACUGAGAUCUUUGUUAGUGACAACCACGUACGCGGCAAGAGAAUGCUGGGACAUGAUGCCAUCAGGACGCAGGUUCCCAUCUUGUCAUAUUACGCACCAGAGCAGGCGACGGCAACUGUGGGGCCUUUAAGUUUUCUCUAUCGGGCUUUAUGGUAUGACUUGUUUGAAGUAGGUCAACAGUUAGCACUUGACAAGGCAGACUUUGUGGAAAUGAUUAACGCUAAGAUGGCAUGCAUCCCUACGGGUGGAAUAAAUUUUAGAUGGUUACUUCCAGAUAGACAGUCUCAGUACUUGUUAGAACGUGCUGUAGUCGGAUUAGCUGACUUAUAUCUCGUCAGAGCUGUGCUACAGCCGAAAGUGCAGCGAAUGCUCAGGCGUCAAACUACCGCAAGGUAUGGGUUGAUGAUGCCUGAGAAAGCACUUCCAGACGAGGAGCAAGUGUGCCUCGCCUAUCAUCCACAGCAUGGCUUGUUUGAGGCUUUGCUUGGUGGUGU